CCAUACUUCACUUCCAAUUCACAGCUUGAAUCUCUUCAAGUCUUAAUACAUAUAUCUCUCUCUCUCAUCAACAAGCAUUAAUUUUUCGGAAAAACUAAGAAUGUCUGCAAUCAUUCACACAACCCCACCAUGCAUGGAGCUGCUGCUGCUGUCCGAUCAUCUCCAUGCAUCCGUCAAUCUCAACAGAAAGCGGUGGCGCAAGGCCUUCGCCGCCGUCUACUGCUCCCGAGCCUUCCUCAAACACUUCCCAUUAUCAACAAUCGCCAUUGAUGUCGUCGAUCACGCUCACAAUCAUGAUCAUCAUUUCCCCGGCCUCAAUCGCUCAGCCCUCAACCACCUCGUCAAGAACAAAAACCGCCGCCAUCUCUCAGAGCUCGGCGGCUCUCGAGGCGUCGCCGCCUCGCUCGAAACAGACCCCCACCUCGGAAUAACCGGCGAUCAGCGCGACCUCGCCGCGAGACACGAAGCCUUCGGUAAAAACACAUAUCCCUCGCCGCCGGCGAAAACCCUCCUCCAUUUCACACUCGAAGCUCUCAAGGAUCCAACCAUCUUAAUCCUCCUCGCCUGCGCCGCCCUCUCCCUCGGCUUCGGCAUCAAGGAGAACGGCCCCAAGGAAGGCUGGUACGACGGCGGGAGCAUAUUCGUCGCCGUGUUCCUCGUCGUCGCCGUCUCCGCCGCCAGCAACUUCAAGCAGAGCCGGCAGUUCGACAAGCUCUCCGAAGUCAGCAGCAACAUUUUAGUACAAGUGGUGAGGAAUGGGAGACGACAAGAAGUCUCAAUCCACGACGUCGUCGUGGGCGACGUCGUGGUCUUGAACAUCGGGGAUCAAGUCCCCGCCGACGGCCUCUUCCUAGAAGGGCAUUCUUUACAGGUAGACGAGUCGCAGAUGACUGGGGAGAGCGACGGCGUGGAGGUCGACAGCGAGGUUAACCCCUUCAUCUUCUCCGGCACUAAGGUGGCCGACGGCUACGGCAAGAUGGUGGUGACGGCCGUCGGGAUGGACACGCUGUGGGGGGAGAUGAUGAGCACGAUAAGCCGGGAUGCAGACGAGCAGACGCCGUUGCAGAGCCGCCUCAACGGGCUCACCUCCUCGAUAGGGAAGCUCGGGUUGGCCGUGGCGUUUCUAGUUCUUUCUGUGUUGCUGAUUCGAUACUUCACCGGAAAUACAGAGGAUGAGAAUGGGGAGAGAGAGUUCAGAAAAGGAGAGACUAAAGCAGACGAUGUGAUCAACUCUGUUUUAGGGAUUAUUGCAGCUGCGGUCACCAUUGUAGUUGUUGCUAUACCGGAAGGUUUGCCUUUGGCUGUGACACUAACUCUUGCAUUUUCCAUGAAGAGGAUGAUGGCUGAUCAGGCUAUGGUGAGGAAGCUCUCUGCUUGCGAGACGAUGGGCUCUGCUACGACGAUUUGCACGGACAAAACGGGGACUCUCACGCUCAAUAAGAUGAAGGUGACAAAGUUCUGGUUAGGGAAGGAGUUGUUUGAAGGUGGUGGUUUGAUGGGUAGGUAUGUCGUUGAGCUGCUCCAUCACGGCGUCGGCCUCAACACGACGGGUGGGGUUUACGGGGCAGGGGAGGGCCUCGAGUUCUCUGGCAGCCCGACUGAGAAGGCGAUCCUGUCGUGGGCCGUGGUGGAGCUGAGCAUGGACAUGGAGGAGGUGAGGAGAGGGUGUGAAGUUCUUCAUGUUGAAGCAUUCAAUUCGGAGAAGAAGAGAAGUGGUGUUUUGUUGAAGAAGUUUGGAGAUGGUGAGAUUGAGAUUCAUGUGCAUUGGAAAGGAGCUGCAGAGAUGAUCCUUGCAAUGUGCUCACACUACUAUGAUUUCGAAGGUAACAUCAAAGAUUUGAACGAUGAAGAAAGGAAUGAAUUGAAUCACAUCAUUCAAGGCAUGGCUGCUUCUAGCCUUAGGUGUAUUGCAUUUGCACAUAAACAGAUCUCCGAGUGUGAUCAGGCCAAUCUAGAAAAGAAGAAAAUCCAAGAAAAUGGAUUGAUUCUACUAGGCUUAGUAGGGUUGAAAGAUCCGUGCCGGCCGGGGGUGAGGAAGGCGGUGCAGGACUGCCGUGGCGCGGGCGUGGCCGUGAAGAUGAUCACGGGCGACAACGUGUUCACGGCCACGGCCAUCGCCACGGAGUGCGGGAUCCUCGAGGCGGAUCAAGAAAAUAUUAAUGAAUGUGUGGUGGACGGAGCCGAGUUCCGGGGCUACACAGACGAGGAGCGAAUGGAGAGGGUCGAGGCCAUCCGCGUGAUGGCCAGGGCCUCUCCGUUCGACAAGCUCCUCGUCGUGCAGUGCCUGAGGAGGAAGGGCCACGUGGUGGCCGUGACGGGCGACGGCACGAACGACGCGCCGGCGCUGAAGGAGGCGGACAUAGGGCUGUCCAUGGGGAUUCAAGGAACAGAGGUGGCGAAACAGAGCUCUGAUAUAGUGAUCAUGGAUGACAACUUUGCUUCUGUUGUGACAGUUUUGAGAUGGGGGAGAUGUGUGUAUAAUAACAUACAGAAGUUUAUUCAGUUCCAGCUCACGGUGAAUGUGGCGGCGCUGACGAUCAACUUCGUGGCGGCGGUCUCGGCAGGGGAGGUGCCGCUGACGGCGGUGCAGCUGCUGUGGGUGAACCUGAUCAUGGACACGCUCGGGGCGCUGGCCCUCGCCACGGAGAAGCCGACGAGGGAGCUCAUGGAGAGGCGGCCGGUGGGGCGGUCGGAGGCGUUGAUCACCAACGUGAUGUGGAGGAAUCUGACGGCUCAGGCGGCGUACCAGAUAGCCGUGCUGCUGGUGCUGCAGUUCCGGGGGGUGGCGCUGCUCCGGGUGAGCCGGGGGGCGAACGAGACGAUGAUCUUCAACGCGUUCGUGCUGUGCCAGGUGUUCAACGAGUUCAAUGCGAGGAAGAUGGAGAGGAGGAAUGUGUUUGAAGGGUUGCAUAGGAAUAAGGUGUUUGUGGGGAUUGUGGGAGUCACAUUGGUUUUGCAAGUGGUGAUGGUGGAGUUCUUGAACAAGUUUGCUGAUACAGAGAGGUUGGAUUUGGGGCAGUGGGGGAUCUGUGUGGGGAUUGCAGCUGCUGCUUGGCCUAUUGCUUGGGUUGUGAAGCUCGUGCCGGUGCCGGAGAGGCCGUUUUUCAAUUAUUUCGGUUUCAAGAAGUGGACGAAACGCGCCUUCUAGGUCGAUCCCGUUUUACGGUUACUUCGGAUUUGAGAAGCGGACGAAACGACUUCUGAGUCGACCCAGGAGGUUUUUUCGGUUUCGAGAAGCGGACGAGAACGACUUCUAAGUUGACCUAGAAGGCGUUUUUCGGUUAUUUCGAUUUCAUUGACCUAGAACGCGUUUUUUAGUUAUUUCGAUUUCAAGAAGUGGAUGAAACGACUUCUAGGUCGACCUAGAAGGUGUUUUCCAAUUAUUUCGAUUUCAAGAAGUGGACAACAUGCCUCUAAGUCGAUCUAGACCUAGAAGAUGUUUUGUCCACUUCUUGUGUAAUUACUAGCUUAAGCUUGAUAUUAUUCAUUUAUUUA